UGCCAAAUUCCAUAAUGCAGUUGUCCCGCAAUCGAAAAAUAUCCAUUCAGCUGCAGAACAUAUGCACAUGCAAUAAUUCUUGUUUUCCAUAUUGCAGUUCUAUGCAUCAAUAAUCGUCGUAUCAAUAUUAAUAUAUAUCCAUGAUAAAAUCAUUGUUCGAAAAGCAAAUUUGAGGUCACAAAAUCUCGUGUGUUCGCACUUCCGUGUUAAUAAUUUUAUCUGCUCUUCCUAGAAUAGAGGAUAAAAAUAGAUUUUUGACUUAUAUAUCUAUAAAGCAAACUGAUUAGUCUUCAGUUAAGAGUCGAGGAACAAUUGCAAUAUAUAUUACAAAAAUAGCAGUUUAAUUUGUGCCGUUCAUGGUGUAAUUCUUUCAGGAGGAAAUAAAUUAUUAAUCAUUGAUAUUAUGAUUAACGUCUACUUUCGAUUUAUGAAUUACGUCAUGGUUGGAUAUGCGAAAGCGAAACUGUGCAAAAGGGAGAUCAUAGUUCAUUAUUUUACGUGUUGUCCUACAAAUCUAUAAGUUGUAUAAUAUUCAAUUGACAAUUCAACGAUGCAGAUUAAUUGCUAUAUUCUUAAAACCACUUAGACAUAGCAUCAUACACGUAAUAGAUUUAAAAUGCUUUAAUGGAUGUAUGAAAGCGAAACUGGAAAACGGAAGAUGAAUGAAAAAGGAAGAUUUCAUCAUAAUUAUAUUGUAUACCAUACGUUGGGCAGUGCCACCAUCAUGUGAAUUGAUAUUAACAUUGGAAUAAUCUUGUGUUUUAGUGCUGUAUUUUGCUGACAGUAUAAUAGUUGGAUUAUUUAGAACAAUGACAUUAGGAAGUGGUGCUUCAUUUAAUCUUGUUCAAAUGUCAAAUGUAAGAAAAAAGGAUCCCAUCAUGAAAACGACAGACAGUAAAACGCGCAUGCGCGAGAAGUGGAGCAUUAAAGAAUGUGAAGAUGAUAAAGGAUGGAAAUUGAAAAAUGUUCGGCGUGUUCAGGUCAAGGCGGAGUCGUUAGAUGGAGUUAAAAUUAUGCGAGAGCUACACACAACAAAUUUUGAUAACAAAUUUGAUGAUCGGUACUGGAGAGUUAGUGACAUUCAUAUUAUUGAAAAUGACAAACUGAGAUCACAGUUUGAAGAAUACAAAAAAGAACUCAUCGAACUGGGACGAUCGUCCGACACAGUCGCAGAGACUCUAGCUUUUUCAGCUGAAACAGAGAAGUCUUGCAAGGAAAUUUGCAAAGAAGGUUACAAAGUCGGCUCGAAGAAAAGACAUGUUUUAGGGCAUACCGGAAGCGGUGUCCAUCUCGUACGCCAUUAUGACAUUCUUACAAGAUAUCUGAUGUUUCAACAAUACUCAUCUCCGACAUAUAUAGUUGUUUAUAAGACGUUUCUUGGGAAGACAAAACCUAUUGUCCCCCGGCUCCAUAAGGAUGAUCAUUUUGUUUCUCCUUAUAUUGGCUUUGAUUCGCAUGUAUCAGCAAGACACAUUGAAAGAGAAAUGCCGAUUUGCGAAGCACUGAACUGUAGUUACGUGUAUCUGUACGAAUUUGAUCAAAUUUCUUCAAAUCCAGUCAAGCAUCCACGCCAGAUAUUACCAUAUCUUAUCAUUCAACUCGAAAAGAAGAUCCCAUCUGUACCAGAAAAUCCUUUUCUUUCUGUCGGUAGUGAUGCAACGCGGUCAACAUGGGAAGUCAAGGGUGAAACCAGGCGUGGCUUUAGGUUUAUGUUUACUAAGUCUGGACUAAAAGGAAAACAUAAAGUUUUUAGCAAAACUUCAGCUAAUUUUGGGUCACAUUUAAAAGGACAAAUUCUAGAAAUGCGUACAAAGUCUGCAGGAUCGGUAUCUGAUGCAAAACCACCCCUUUUACAAAAGAUCAAUAACAAAUGUGGCAAUAGAAACGAUAUAGAGUCUAAAACAAGCAAACCACCGGAUUUACAAAAAUUUACAUCAAGAUCGAAAGAGACAAAUUCUAAACAUGUUAAGGUAGUAUUAUGCAAAGAAGUUGAAAUACCCAGUCAUUUGCGAACUAUACAACAACUUACUAAUUUAAAGCCGUGUGUUAAGUUGAAGCGACUCAAUAUUGGAUGUUUGAAUAUGUAUAGGCGUAAAGUUAAAAUAAAAUCAUCAGUUGGAAAUGAAAUGAAGAAUAUGGGACCAGACAUCGAUGUUUUUUCUAAAGGAUCAUUUUUUAAUGUAUCAGAUGUUACAACAUCAAAACAAGAUGACAAAAUAAUAUUGAGUCAAUUAGAAGAAGCUCCUGCAGACAGAAGUUCAAUUGACAAUCGUAUUCCACUUGAAGAUAUGAGCAGCUGUACGGAAACAUCGACAUUCAAUAUCUGUGACAUAACAAAAGGAAGAGAUAAAACUUUAACAUUAGCAGAACACAAAUCAGCAAAACUGUCUUCUUCCCAAAAUUUGAAAAAUCAAAGCCAAGAUUUAAAAAGCAAAACAGACGGUAAAAAGUUUGACAAUAUGUCACCAAAUGAGAGAACGCUAGCGGUGAAAGAUCCGAGAAUCGAGGUAACAUGCAAGACUUUACAUGCAACACCAAAAUUGUCCCCAAGCACUUCACUGACACAUAGCAAUAACUCAAAUAAUAAAUCAGAUUCUCUAAGUGAGAAUGUUCAUGAAAUAAGAUCCAUAUCUUUGUCAAAUACAAAAGGAUUAGAAAAAAAUUCGUUAGCGGAUGAAUCUUUUAUUGAUAAACAAAUAGAUGAUGAAAAACGAUCCGUUCCAUUAGAAGAAAGCAAAAAUGCAGUUCAAGUUGAUAACAAAAACCAUGCUAAAGACUUAAUACCUAAUAAAACCUUUAGUAAUAGCGAUUUAUCGGAACAGAAACAGAACGGUUCCAGUAACAAUGUUAACAUAUGUGGCGAUGAUAUAAAUGACGUGUCUGUGAUAACCGAUAAAUCGUCGACAAAACAAUGUAUGUUAGAAAGUAAAAGUUGUUCCAGAGAUGAAAAACUUGGGUAUAUAAGUGAUAAAUCUGUUGAUAAACAAUUGGAAAAAAAUGAAAAUAAAGACAUGCGCAGCCUAAGGAAGCAACCAAAUGAUUGCAAAGACAAAAUUGUUAAUAGAAAAACGCUUUCAACAAGAUGUUCACCAACAAAAACAAAGUUUGGUGAAUUUGAAUAUAAGUUAGAUAAAAAUAAGGAAAAACAAUCGUGUUAUUUGAAGGUGAAAAAUAAGAUGGAUUCUAUUCCAAAAAAAUACGAAAGACAGGCACCCGAUACAAAAACAAUAACUCAAGAGUACGAUUUCAUAGAUCAAACCCUUGAUCAAAGUCAGGAACUAAACAAGCAAAAAUUAAAAAAUAUUAGCAAUGACGGUUUUGUUGCCAAAGAUAAAACUGUAAGAAAAGAGUUAAUCAAUCCAGAAUUAAAGUCCUCAAAUGAUCAUGCUUUAGGACAUGAUGAUAGAAGCAAAAAUACAUAUUACGAAACAAAUGGAUCUCUGCGUGUAGAUGAUAUCUCAAUGGCAAACAAAACAGUCGAGUCUGCCAAGACGUCCAAAAGUUAUUCAACAAGUUUGGUUAGUUCUGGUAAGGUUACAAACUUAAUCAAUAUUGAUAAGACUAAGUGUGAUCCCACACAAAUUCAGACGCAACAUAGGGUCCUUGAAAAAAGUAAAUCGCCUGUAGCAGCAAACGCUGCACCCGAUAUGUUAAACAUUAAUCCUGUUCUUGUGUCAGCACAAACAUCCACAUACUCUAUGCAAGACAGUAAUGAAACUAUUGCUAAUGAAACUUUUAAAGAUAUGUUAUCAUCGGAAAACCAGAUACGCGUUUAUCAAGAGUCAAGUGUGAAAAAUAAAGAUGAGCAUUUCAUGUCAGAAAUGACGACUUUCUACACAGACAAUGCAUCAUGUGUAAGAUUAGUUGAGCAAUUUCCCGAUAACGUCCCUCAGACUCUUGUGGUAAAUCCAGUGAUUCGAACGUCGUUUAGUGCCAAACGAACCGUUCCUCCCGUUAGUGAAAGAACACACUUAAUUCCAAGUACUAUAAAUAUUGAUAAACAAAACAGUAAACCCAUAAGUAAUACCAAUAUGGCACAAGCGACUUCGAACAAGUCGUUUAAACAACAAGCUAAGAUAUCGGAUGAUAAGGAUCUGACGCUUAAAAGUGGAGACUGCAAGACAUACACUAUAAAAAACGACCAGCCUAUCAUCAAACCUAAAAGUAAAAAUGAAAAUAGUAAAAUACAUAUAAAGCCAAAAAAGACGCUCACACGAAAACGUAAGGCAAUAGCUGCUACGGAACUGACAACAGUAAGUGAUGCUCACAAGAAAAAACGUGCAUAUGUAAAUAAGUCGAAUAAAGAUGCAUUACAUGAAAUAAAGAAUACGCAAACAGAUUCAAAAUUGAGCAAAUCAGCUUCUCAAGAAAUCAACAAAAAAGAAAAAGAUUCCAACGCUCCGUUUGUCAUUUCUACUGGUGAACAUAAAGGGUUGUCUCAGAAAAAAGUAAGUGAAUCUAGUAUUCCUCGUGGCGUUAAAGACACAAAGAUUAAAUCGUCUCCAACUAAUGAUACGAUUGAAAAUAGGUAUAGAAACAAGGCGGUCUGUACCAGAAAGGAGAAAAUUAAGAAUCAAAAAAUAAAACUUCACCCCUCAAAAGCAAUAACGGAGCAAAGCACAAGUGAUUCGAAAAGUGUAGCUAUGCCUACAUUGAAACACUUAUUGACUGGUAAUCGAGCAACUGCAUCCACUGGCACUGAUAUUCCUAAGGAGCAUCAAUUGAAAAACGAAAUCGUUAAAAGUAUAGAAAAAAUGAAAACCUCUAGAAAUGCUGAGUGUUCAAAAGCUGAAAGGGAAAGGGAAAUACCAAAAUCAGUUGAGACAAAAGAGCUUGCAUCAUCAAAGUCAUCAAAGCAACAAAAAUGUAGUCAAAUUUCAGUGCCAAAUCUUUCAGAACAAACACCCCAGCUAGGCCAUCUUGAAAACCAAAAUAACGUGAAGAUUGAUUUGCAUACAGCAGAUCGGGUUCGAUCGUUUUUAAAUUCAAAAGCUGCUGUAGCUAUGCAACACAGAAAAUCUGUUGAACAGAAAAGUGAGACAGACGAAGAUAUUGAUAAUACAGGCUUCAAACAUGAUACAUUUAAUGAAAGUAACCUAUUAUCGACAAAUGGCAUUCAAAGUAGCCCUGUUAAUCAGCAGUUUGAAAAGAUUGAAGCAAAUAUUAGAAUAUCUGACGAACACGAAAACCAAGAUUCAAAACAUAGAAUCGCAGCAAAGGAAUGCACACACUUUGCCAAAGAAAAAUACAAGUUACAAAAUACUUCAAAAGAACCAAUAAAAUGCUCAAGAAAACACGUUUCAAGAACAACAAGAGGGGAUUCUUCAGAAAUACAUGAUGGUGAUUCACAAGACACAAUUAUUGGCGGUGUUCCAAAUUCACCAAUUUUACCGCUAACUCCUUUCUUGGUAUCUAAUGAAAAUACGAAGCAUUACGAAAACUGUGUGACAAAUUCAAAAGCAACAGUGUUUCAGCCAAUCAAUUCAAAUGUUAUAAAACAAGAAACUUUAGACGAUCGAGACCAAUUCAACGCUGUGACAAAGGAUGGAAUAGGAAAUGAUCAUGUACGUCCAAAAGAAUGUCAGUCAGAAUCAGGCUCUGUUAACCAGGUAUCAUCAACUUUAGAGUGUCAUCAGGAAUUGAUUUCUGCAGAAAAUAUUAAAGAGGAACCAGUUGACCAAGAGUUAGUAGGAAUGCAUGUAACACCGGUGCCAAAUUUUGAGUCACAACCUGUGAAGCUUGAGCCUUUUUCUCCCGAAACAUCAACAACCUUUUUCCCUAAGAUUAGAAAAGAAUUAGCGAAAGGGACAGCUUUGCUUGAUGCUUCACAAUGUAGAAGCGCAAUUGUAGACACUUUAAAGGAACUUUCUUUUGUUUUGAAAUUCCUUACCGAUAGCAAUGUACAAAAUACGAAACGAAAAGAACAAGCGGCAAUGGUGACAACACAAAUGUGUAACGAAUUAUCUAAAGAACGAUUGAAUGUGACAAAAACUACGGAAAUAGGACCAAUGCUGAAUGCAGGGCACGACAUCAAUUUAAAAGACGAACCAGAAGAAUCAAGACAUGAAAUGGUGUCUCAAGACCAUUUGAAAAGCUUUAGCUUUAUACCAGAAGACAGUAUAUGUCGUCCUGUUACGGAAGAUCUUAGUUAUGAAAAUUCAGUCAGUGAUCAUGGAUUCCAAUACGAUUACAUUUUAAAAUCCUCCGAAGAUGAAUAUCAAAGUGCGAAUGAAAGUUAUGCAGCAGACUCCCCUUUGAAAGAAACAGAGCUAGCAAACAUAUGUCAAACAGAAAAUAAAAAUAUUGAUACAUUAAUUACAAAAUCUACUUCAAUAAAAGAAAAACAGAUGACUGACCAACAUGAAAAAGAUGAGCUUCCUCGUUUAUUUGAUCCAAAUGAAGAGUCUGAUAUAACAAUUCUAGAACAAUUUGGAAUUCCAAUAGAGCAAAAUACUGUACAAAGUCCUUCGAAUAUGUUUAGUAGUCAUGUCUAUUUUGAAAAAGAGCCGGAAAGUCAUGCAGACCAUUUAGAAUUACAUGGUGUUAAAUGUGCCGAAAAUAUCAAGAUUGAAAAAGGAAAAGAUACAGAAAGUGCAAUGGUAAAAACAAAACCAAAGCAGUCUUUCAAUUUUAAAUCUGGGAUUUUGAAUAAGGGCCUUAAAGAGAGAAAAAAUAUGUUCGAUCUGAAAAUUAACGCACCAAGAUCUGCUGCGGUUGGAACUGUAAAACAGUCAGAUAAUAAAUCAGACCUUCAAAUGAAAAACGUGACAAUAAAUAAGAUAGCAGGAAUUGUAAAACAAUCAGAUAGUAAAUCUGAUCUUGAAACUAAAAAUGAGAAAAUAACUGAGAUAACAUGUACCAACUCUAAAGUGCUUGCGAAAAAAGAAAUAAAUGAAUCGCCGGAAAAAGAAAAUCAAAAUUACCAGAAUGAAACAAACGAUAUUAUGAAUGAGGUUUACAAGACUGUAUGUCAAAAACUAUCGUCACUAAAAGAAACAGAUAUUCAAGAAAAAGACGAUUUUUUUUCAAAAGGUUAUUUUUCAGAAAAAGUAUGCGAGUCUUCAAGCGAUCCAGAAAAUGCAAUUUCUAUAAAAGAUACACAGCCUAAAAAAUUACCCGGUGAUAAUGAAUUAAUCAAUGACCAAUCAAUGCCAAAUUUUGUAAGUUUAAAAGUGGAAACCACUGCAACACCUGAUAAAAAGGAUAGAAUUAUACCAUUUGAAACUGUCCUUCGUCUAAAGAAACAACAAUUCUGGAAAUAUAAAAGAGGAAUGACUAAUAGGAAAUUUAUAGACUACAGAGAAUGUUUUCCGAGAAUGUCAGAAUCAAAAAGAUUGACCUCUCCUAAACAUGUGAACAACAAAGAAGCAGGUACUUCUGAAAGUUCGGAAAAGGCAAGUAGUGAAAAUCAAAAUCACAAAACAACGGAAAUAAGCAAGCAUUUAUCUGAAACUGAAAAUGGUAGCAAACAAGAAUCUUCCGCUGAAGACUUCAGUCGAAAACGAUCUUGCCCAGAUACUGAUGAAAAUGCAAAUCCUAAACAUAUGAAAUAUUCCUCCGAAAAAUGCGAACGAAAUGACACUGAUCCAAGUCGUAGAUCAAGAAGUAAAAGUAGUCAUCGUUCCUCUUCUAGUAGACAAAAGUCAUCAAUGCAUUCGUCUGUUGAUGAAAAACGCGAAUCGUCGUCUUUUUAUAACAGAGGAACUUUUCCACAUUCAGUACGACCACAUUUUAAUCAAAGGCCGUUUUCAAAUUCAAAUUUCAAACCAUUUUAUGGAUCAAGACCUUAUUAUAAUAGCAGAGGCGCAUAUAGAAAUAAUCAUUCGCGCUUUAAUAUGCCAACGAAUAGAUAUAGUAACUUUUCAGGAAAAGCAACAUUUAACAAAUCUGGAACCGGAUAUUUCUCCUGGCGAAGAAAGUACCAACCAAAGAGAAAUGUAGUUGAUGGCUUUGUGUUAACAGGAAAGGGCACUGUUCAAUCUGUGUCUGAAUACGCAGAGUGGACUAGAUUCAAAGAACGGGAAACGCUUAGAGAUCAAAUCGAAAGUGCAAUAAAAGAUUAUAGACGAACAUUUGAAGACACUGCCGAUGACAUGAAAGGAGAUGAAAAGGUUGCCAGUUAUUUGACGUUUUUAACUGAAAAGCUAGAUAAAAUACAAAGUAAACGAGAUAAGAUAAUUAUAGAAGAAAAACCUGAAGACCGAAGAGAUAAACACCGAAGUGCAAAACGAUCAUCUUAUGAAAGGAAGAAAUCCAGAUCACCGCAGCCAAAAAGAGACCGCUCAGACAAUAUGCUUGGGAAACUAGAAAAAGCACAUAAUUUCUAUCAGCAUGAAAAACAGCAGCACGAAUCAGUUGCACGUUUCAGUGGCUCCUUGGCCAGCGACAGCGACAGUUUGUCGUACAAACAACGUAGGCAUGCAAGUGGCAUAGAAGAACUUCUUAAAGAACAUAUAUCUAAACAUUACGAGCAUUUAACUAAACAAAUAAAGCAAGAAAUGGACGACCUUAAAACUUCCAGGUCAAGAAAAGAAUACAAGCAAAGCACAUAUCAGAAAGAUAUGCAUCGCAGUAAAUAUGAUGAUAAGAUGAAAUACAAUUAUGAUAAAUACCACGGUCAUUCACAAGAGCGAUAUGACUCAAAGCGAUCGAGUAAAGGUGAAUCCUCUAGGUCUCACGGUGAUUACAAACCUACUGGGAAAGGCCGGUACGGUUCGCAACGAUAUGAUGAAAAAUAUCCUUAUAAAGAUAAAUAUACAAGGAGGCAUGAUUCAUUUAGAGAUCAUAACGAUGAUUACGAUUCAAGGAGAAGAGAUGACUUUCAGUACAAAUCAAGCUAUAAGGAUUAUGGUUCCGACAGGUACUAUGGGGACAAGCCUGGGUACAAAAGCCUAAGAAAUUAUGAUAACCGACACCAUAAUCGGAAUGCCGAUUAUCGAAAGACAUAUGAUUAUCAGCAAAAUUAUGAUAAAUAUCAAAAUAGAUUCCAUGAAGAAAAACGGAGUUAUCCGUAUAUGAACAAAAAGAAUAUUGACUAUGGCAAUGAUACAGAAAAACCUUUUGACUUAAGAAACAAAGUUCUACAUUCAAAAACAUAUGAGCCAAAGCAUUGGUUUAGAGGAAAGUAUAGCAAAUACUACAACAAAGUCACUGUAGAUAUUAGUAACAACACUGGAGAUAAUCAUGAAGACGAUAAUACUGAGACAACUACAGAAGCAAAAGUGAAAGAUGAAUUUGAUGCAACUAAAUACAGGGAAUCCACGCCUGCGUAUAGAGGCUUCGGUAACAGAGGUCGAGGGUUUUCCCGAGGUAUUAAUAGAUUUAAUCUUGGAUACAGAAACAAAUAUCUGGCAGCAAAAUUUUCAAGAUUAAGGAAUCCUCCUACGUUUUAUAACCAUGGAGACAAAGAUUAUGACAGUAGUAGCACUGUAAAAGAUAUCUCAGAGGCACAGAAAGGAGGGGCUGCAGUUGAAACAACUAAAGAAAAAAAAUGAUAAAAAUGCCCGAAUUACAAUUGAUGCGUAAAUUGUAUCGGGGUUUUGACAUCAUUUAGGGAAUUUAAAACUAGGAAAUAGUAUACUUAAUUUGUCCAAGGAAGUUUGAAAUUAAGGGACAAUUUAUGAAAUGCAUUACAAAUGUUUUUUACAACCGAGCCAAGAGCUUUUAAAAAGGAAAGCAUUUUCUGUAUAUAAUGACCGCCAUAUGAGAAAAAGUUAUAACUGUUUACCGUGUAAAAUUGAAUUUACCCGUUUUAAAAUUACAUUUUGUACAUGCAUUUUUCUUGUUGUUUGCCAUAUAAUAUACAUAUAAAUGUUUACCGUCAAAAUAUUUAUUUUUAACCUGUUUUAAAUUAUAUUUAUUGUUGUUGUAUAUAUUAUUGUUUAAGCAGAAUUUCUAUUUAAUUAAUUCUUAUUCAAACCGGUUGAAUAGCAAAGCGCAUAUUUAUAUGAUGCACUAAAAGCUUUACUUUGCACGAAAUUCACUCAUCAAAUUAGAUUUUAUAACCAUAUUUAUAUAUAGAUAUAUAAUGCCCGUGUCUAUCAACCUUCAUAGGACUAAGGUUUGAUAGACUUAUUAACAAUAAACUGUGUUAAUAUUGCAUUACAUUUAUUGCGGUUCAAUAAAUAUAUCACUCAACUGCGAAAUAAGUAUAUGAUGUAGUUUUGCAUAUGAAAGUAUUAAAAGUGAAUUUUA